AGUUGAUUCUUGAAAGCAGUGUAUACACUUCCCUGUUUACUGAUAAGUGUGUUGUAAAUGCGAGGCAAUACUGUGAGAUUGUCAGGAUAAGUUCUUGAAGUUUCAGUUCUUAGGAAACUAGUUGUAUAAAUUUACAGAUAAAUGGAAACACACUGGACUCAAGUCAGUGUCUUCCUAUUGGACCCUGAACCAUUGAAGACUAUUGGAUGCAACUGUAGGCCUAGUGUUUUAGCUAUUUUUUAAAAAUAUUUUAAUGUAAAACUUGGCUGUACUUGGUCAAUGCUUUUUUUUUUUUUUUAACUAGGUUUGGGGAAUAAAUUUCAGAAUCAAAGUAUCACCACCUGAAAUUCCCAACUUUGGAUUUAGAUAGAGGCCCGUUUACCUAUCCUUUCCUAUUUCUAAGCGUAAACUGUAAGGUCUGUGCAUCUUGACUGAACUUUGACAGAGCUGUGGCAUUUUUCCUAACCUAAAGUUUGCCCCAGAGUCCUAAACCCACAGCAUUUUGUGAGGAGCUCUGACUCUUAAGCUUACAAAUAAUAGCUUACAUUUAUGUGGGAUAUAAGUCACAGUAAAAUAAUAAAUACAUCUCAUGGAGCAAAAUAUUAAGGAGACACCUUAUCAACCCAUUCAUAUAUAAUUACAUUUAUUCAAAAACCUUUCCUCCUCCAAAGAAAAGUUUUUACAGUAUUUCAUAUUCAGUGUGCAUAUACCUUAUCGUUAACACUAAAAAAAAAAGUAAACUAUCACAACUGCCUUUCCCCAUUCCCCCAUUCUUGUAGAAUCUGUUUUGAUGUUGCAUAGCUUUAUUAGUAAGGAAAGCCUGAGCAUAGUUUGAAUUUUUACAAGUCUCGCAAUCACAUUUUGGUUUUUAAUGGUGUCUUACUCUGAUGCCUACACUGAAAACCCAUUGGUACUUCUUUUUCAGAUCUAAAGUAUCUCUCGGGAGAUUUUUGACAUUUUAUCAGAGUAUAUUUACAUAGGUUUGAACUGGAAAGCAUGAGGGGACUGAAAUUACACUUAUUAAUAAGAAUAUGGUUUCCUCUUUCAGCAGGGUUGAAUGCCUGCCAACACCCUCAGGCAUGACCAUGGAGAAAGGUGGGAACAUACACUUGGAGAUCCCUGACUUCAGCAACUCUGUCCUCAGCCAUCUCAACCAGCUGCGCAUGCAGGGCCGUCUCUGUGAUAUUGUGGUCAAUGUGCAAGGACAAGCUUUUCGGGCUCACAAAGUGGUACUGGCUGCCAGCUCCCCCUAUUUCCGGGAUCACAUGUCCUUGAAUGAGAUGAGCACUGUCUCCAUUUCGGUCAUCAAGAACCCUACUGUUUUUGAACAACUCCUUUCUUUCUGUUAUACGGGGCGAAUAUGCCUACAACUGGCAGAUAUCAUCAGUUACCUGACAGCUGCCAGUUUUCUGCAGAUGCAACAUAUCAUAGACAAAUGUACACAAAUACUGGAGGGCAUUCAUUUCAAAAUAAACGUGGCUGGGGUUGAAGCUGAAUUAAGCCAAACAAGGACAAAGCAUGCAGAGAGACCUCCAGAGUCACACAGGGUUACCCCAAAUCUAAACCGCCCCCUUAGCCCCCGACAUAAUGCCCCAAAGGGAAACCGACGAGGUCAGGUAAGUGCUGUGCUGGAUAUCAGGGAGCUCAGCCCUCCUGAGGAGUCCACCAGCCCUCAGAUAAUUGAACCGAGUUCGGAUGUAGAGAGCCGGGAACCCAUUCUUCGCAUCAACCGAGCAGGACAGUGGUAUGUGGAGACAGGAGUAGCAGACCGAGGAGCCCGGAGCGAUGAUGAAGUUAGGGUUCUUGGAGCAGUACACAUUAAAACUGAAAAUCUGGAGGAGUGGCUCGGGCCGGAGAAUCAGCCUUCCGGAGAAGAUGGCAGUAGUGCAGAGGAAGUCACAGCCAUGGUGAUUGACACCACAGGCGAUGGUUCUGUAGGACAAGAGAAUUAUACUUUAGCGUCUUCAGGAGCUAAGGUGGCUCGGCCAACCAGCAGCGAAAUUGACAGAUUUAGCCCCUCGGGCAGUGUUGUUACCCUGACGGAGAGACACAGAGCCAGAAGCGAGUCUCCCGGGAGAAUGGAUGAGCCUAAACAGCCCAGCUCCCAGGUAGAGGAAUCAGCAGUGAUGGGAGUGAGUGGCUAUGUAGAGUAUCUCCGAGAGCAGGAAGUAUCUGAGCGCUGGUUCCGGUACAACCCCCGCCUCACCUGCAUCUACUGUGCCAAAUCUUUCAACCAGAAGGGGAGCCUGGACCGCCACAUGCGCCUGCACAUGGGGAUCACUCCAUUUGUGUGCCGCAUGUGUGGCAAGAAGUACACCCGGAAAGAUCAGCUGGAGUAUCACAUCCGCAAGCACACAGGCAACAAGCCCUUCCACUGCCACGUGUGUGGCAAGAGUUUCCCCUUCCAGGCCAUCUUGAAUCAACACUUCCGCAAAAACCACCCUGGUUGUAUACCCCUGGAGGGGCCUCAUAGCAUCUCCCCAGAAACGACUGUCACAUCGCGAGGACAAGCUGAGGAGGAAUCACCCUCACAGGAGGAGACAGUUGCUCCUGGGGAGGCUGCCCAGGGCUCUGUGUCCACCACUGGGCCGGACUGAAACAUGGAGGGGGAGGGGGCAGACCCUCUUCCCCUUUGGGCCAUAAGCAGCCAACAUCAGGGCCACAGGCUGCUGCUUAGAUUCACAAAAUGCCACGUCACUAGAUGGGAAGAUGCUCCCAAGGUGUUGCCAAACUAGAGGAUCAGCAGCAUAUACAAAAUCCCUGGAGGCUCUUCCCCUCCUCCUUCCCACCUCACACUUUGGAAAAUAACCAAGCAAAUCAACUUUCUAAUUCAGGGAUCAACAGCCUUGGUUUGUUAACUUUCUAAGAAAACAUUUUUUUAACAAGACGAUAAAUGGUCAUUUACUGCCAGUCAUGUUUGAACACCGUACCUUGGUCCAUAUCAUCCUGGUGGCUGUAACUGCCCAGAUCUGAGAAACACAGCAGGAACCUCGGUCAUCUCACUAGCCAGCCGCGAGAGAGGGGAGGACGCGUGCUGGGGCUGAGGAGAAGGAGUUGCUCCUCUCCCUUCUGGGCCGAAACAGGCAGGUGCACAUCUCAAGAAAAAAAAAGAAUCCCAGUGGUUCCUACUGUUUGAAAGGUUAGACCUUCUCUUUGCCCUGGCAAGGCAGCUGAUACUUCUGCCUGUUCUGUGUGGCAGCCGUUUGAGCAGUAUUCUGGUGGGCAGUGCCACCUGAGCACUUUAGGCAACUAGGAGCAAAAUGAGCAACAAAAUGUUGGCCAUGGGUCCUGCUAUACUUGGGGGCUUGCGUGUUGUGUUGAGGAAGAGGGGAGCCCGGAAGGAAGUGUUCUAGUUUUGCAAAUGUCAAAUAGCACAGAGCUGUACUGCAACUUCCUGAUGGGUGUUUGUGAACCAUAGUGCUUAUGUCUCUUUGGGCGUUAGGAUAUGGCUCUAGUCCAGAUUGUUAGGCUGACAACCAAAGUUUCAUCCAGUCUCUUCGGCUCCUAGUUUCAAAUAACAGCAAUAUUCUAUAUCAAAAAUGUCACUUUCCAGUGAAAUGACCCUGGAUUAUAUUUUUAAAUCCACAGGUCUCCAUAUUUGAUAACUUUUAUAUAAAGUUUUAAACACACUUUUUCUCCAAUAUUGUGGUUGGAGAAAUGGUUCUUACUACAACCACAAUUUCAUUUCCUUCUACAUAUGUAAUAGUUUGUAUUUUCAGUCCAGUAGAAGAACCUCACUAAAUCUACGUCUUGUGUCUGCUACCCUUGUAAUUUAUAAACCAACCAUCAGCAAAUUGCUGGUGACUCCAAGAGCUUUGCUUUUUAAUAGCAUACUACAGGGCAUUUACCAGAAAACAUCAUGCACAAUCGUGUCGCAAUAAAUUGAUCAAGGGAUCAGUUUUGAUCAAGUUUGGUUACUUAAUCAUUCCAUUUAACAUUUUUAAAUGUUAUGGGACCUUUUUGGUAAUUCUGGGUAUUUUUGAGAUUCUUAAUCCAGCACUGCGAGAAAGAACUUAACCAAACUCAUAGAGCUUUAGAUGCCCUGUCUUGCAUUCAAAGAAUGAAGGUUUAUUAAGGGAUGCAGGCAAGUAGAUGCUUACAAGUUACAGUGCAAAUAGAAAAAUCUCUAGCUUCUCUUAAUUAACCAUUCAUUUUUAAGAGUAUUUUAUGUAGUGGUUUAAGAAAUGCUUUGUGCAGAGGCUUAAAUGAUUGUAAAAGGUCUGGCAGAGGCUGGUCACACCUGUACUGAUGAGCCAUUUGUGAAAAUGUUAGUAGUCUGCUCUCUCACUGAGAAUUCUUUGUGGUAUGUGGAAAGGUGGGUAGAAAGAAUGGCAUUCAUUUGAUGAUGGGAAAUUAGAAUCCGAAGGGUAACUCUUAAGCGGUCUGAGAAUUGUGCAUAUACAUCCAGAUACACCUUAUCACUAGGGAAUGGUUAUUGUCUCUUCUGGAAAACAUAGAAAUGUGUCUUUUAAUAGGAAUGUAAUGAUGCUACCAUUUGCUAAGAGCCUACCCUUAAAUGGACUGUUGAAAUUGUUGUUUUGUCUUUAGAAGACACAGAUGGGGGCAUUCUCUUCUUUAGUUGGGCUACAGCGUGAUAGGAUACAAACUGUCAUCUUGGGCCAUCUUAAGGACCAGCUGUCCUCUGUACAGAGAAAAAGUGGAGUUGAAAUUAGACUAAAGUUUUUAGGGAAACAUUUUAGUUGAUAAUCAAGGCUUUCAAUGGACAGAUUUUGCCAUUACUAAAUAGGCAGGGAGGUGAGAAGUAAGGAAUAUGCUGCUUUCAAUGGAGCUUUUAAGCCUACCAAAAAAACUAAAUCCCUCCUACCUGUGAGAAGUAAUAUGCUAGGAAGUUCUUUAUUGCUUUGUUAGUCUCUUAGAGUUUCUGUGAGAAAAUAGAGCUUUUAAAAUGAUUACCAAAUUGUAAAGGUGCAGUGCAGUGAUUUCGGUAAGAAACCUUGCAGCAUUUGUCAGAGCUUCAUCCAAGGUUGGCAACAGACGAUUGGAGUGAAGUGGGAACUGUCUAAUAGAUGUGGAAAUGCUGUGAGUGUUUGAUGGGUUCCCCUCCCUCUUCACCCGCUUAUAAAAGGUUUUUGCUGUAUGAUACUAUGAAUAGAGGGCUACCUGGUUGUUCAGGACCACAUCAGCAAAAUCAUGUUUGCUGCUUCUCCUCUUACUUGGCCAAGCCCAGAGCCAUGAAAUUCAUGAAAAUUCAAGCCAGGCUCGCUUUUAAACAAAGUUUCUGAAAAUAAUUUCCCCAUUUUAGUUAGAAGAGAGAAUAUUAUUCUAAAUAAUUAUCCAAGAUUCUCACCCAGGUUCACUGUGACGUCCUAGUUCUUAGCUAACAUCACUGUAGGGUCAUAGGAGUUAGUAGUAGUCUGUCUACAUUAAUCAAUAGCUAUAUUGGUGUGUGCACAGAGGAUACCUCUCUUAAGGAUGUAGUAAACGGACCUUAGCUAAUGCUGAAAAACUCAUUACCAAAUCUUGCACGUGUCACCUUGUGAGAGGAACUGCAUUAGCAAAGAGACCUACAUCAUCAUUAAGUACUUUAAUGCCGUGAAAUAGCAAACACUGGGACUGUUGUCAUUCACUCAGUGCACUUAAUAGCAAAAGAGAUACCCAAUAUUCUCAGCAAAAGAAGAGAGAUGGCAAUAUAUUAAUCUACUUCCCUUUGGAGAGGUACCUUCUAUUCUCUCUGAACUCUGAUUCCAGUAUAAAAUACAGCACUGGCAUGACAGUAACACUGCUUAGGCAUAAAGGCUCUUUCUAAUGACUUGUUCUCUCUUUACUCAAAACCAUAUUUACCUCUGAACUGAGUUGAGUUUUAUUUUGUGGAAGUUGCAAACUACCCCCAAGCCAUUUCAUUAUACCAGAGGGUUAAAUCUAUUAUUGAAUAUGUAAAAAAUAAAUUAGUUCCUAAUGGAUGGAGAUUGGAAAGAAAGGAGAUGGCAGUUAAGGAAAGUUUUCCUCUAAUCUUGUUUUUUGGUAUUGUUAAAUGUUUCUAGCUUCCUCUGCAUCAGUGAAACAAGGUAUUCCAAAGUUGGAAUGACAAUAGAAAUAAACCAUUUUCAUCCUAACUUCAUAUGUAAAGCCAUGAAAUCUAGUUUAGGUUGGAAGUGGUCCAAUAGGAGAGUGAAAUAGUGAACUUCAUCCUUAAUAGCUGAAUAGUCCUUAAUAGUCUUUUUAAAUGGUUAGCUGUUAUUUGACACUAGUUUCUUUUAACUGGUAGAAACUACAUUUUGUUUGACUAGAAGAUCUAUAAUUUAAAGAAAUGAAAGCAGUGGGUAAUGGAAAGGAAAUUAAAUUGAACAAAGACAAAAGUUGUCUUAAUUAUAGUGGAAAGGCAUUUAAUCAGGACGGAGUUAGAAUCCUGGAAGCCUUUUUUUUCCAGGUACAACAGACCCUGUGUUUUUGUUCCUCUUCCUCAGACAUCCUUCUCAUCUGUGUACUUAUUCAUUCAAGGAAUAGCAGAUGAGUCUUCCUUGACUCAGUCUUUGAAAAUGGAGCUCUUUACUUACGCCAUAUGGGAAAGAGUACAAAUAUUGAAGUAUUUUGGUUGAUGUGAUUUAGAAAAGGGACAAGCAGUUAGUCGGGUAAAUCCCUAAAUUUGAGAGACCCUUAAGCAAAAUAUAUCCCUAGGACUUAGCAAUUAGGUGAGGGUCCAGCAAUCUACAGCCCCUGGGCAAAAUCCUAAGGCCCCUGUUUGUGUAAAAAAAGUGAUAGUGGAAUAGAGCCACACCUGUUUGUUUAGGGAUUGUUUAUGGCUACUUUCUAUAAUGACAAAGCUGAGUACUUAUGACAGAGACACAAGGCCUGCAAAGCCUGACAAUAUGUACUGUCUGGCACUUGACAGAAAAGUCUGUAACUCCAGAAUUAGACUUAAAAGAAUUACACCACCCACCCCUGUUUGUAACCCCUGCCGUUUUGCCUUUAUAGGAGUUAGCUGAGGUUUUAAGCUCACAUUGGUAUGUCUGCAUCAGUUUCUUGAAAGAGUGCACCAUCUUUUUCUAGAUCCUUUUCUCACAGCCCUUUUUGUGCACCUUCUAAUGAUUCCCAUUGCUUUGAAAGCACUUAAAAUAGGUCUUAAUAUUUGUCCAUGUCUUAAAGGUGCAGGUAAAUUAAAGUUUAGGAUGGUAGUUAUAGAUAUAAGGUAAUUAAAAAAAAAUAAUUCCCAAGCAUAAUAAUAUAGGGUUAAAUGAGUACCAUGUUUACAUAAAAUAUUGUAAAAUAUUAAUGUUUUUCUAACUAAGUUUUGCCAUUCAAGUUAACUUUAACUGGUUUGCAUAAUGAUGGCAAGAAUGAACUUAUUUUCACUAGUUUUAAAAAUUGUUAUAAACAAGUGAUUUGAUUCUUUCCUAAGUACAAUAUUGCUCUUCUAGAUUAAAAACCUCUAUCCCUUCCCUGUGCUAUAAGUCUUCAUUAUAAUUUCUUCAAGUAAACUCACUCUUCCAUGUGGAUUAGUAAAAAGCCAAAUCUUCCUUCCAUUUUUUUUUCAAAUGAAUGUUUUAAAACAAACUUCUGAGGCUUUCAAAUUCUUCUUAGACUUGUCUUCAUUUCCUGUUACUAUCUGUAAUUCUUCUCAAUAUUAUAUUGGGCCAUCAUAACUUUGCUUUGUGAAUGUUCAUUCAUACCAUUUUAUUAGCUUAUUUAUGCCAGACGUAGAAAAAAUGAAAAAUGUUAGGAUGAUUACAAAGAGAAUUCCCUGCAAAAGGAGAAUGUAAGUGCUCCCUGUUUGUAAACAAACAUGGAUUUGUGAGUUAAAUGUAUUUACCUGGGUAAUGUUCCAGGCUGUACUGAUACAGUACAGUGAGUUUGAUUCUUUGUCGUGACCUCCAGUACAGGCAAAGCCUGGGCGCGUGACCUACCUAGCCUCCUGUAAGGCACUCUUCACCAGGCAUUUUAUUCUUACAGUUGCCUUUUUCUAAGUUAGAUAUUCCUAAAUUUUAUAUGGUAUAUCAUCUGUGUAAUUGUCAUCUGUAAGGUUCCAGAAUAUUUGCCUAAGUUAGAUCUGCCUUGUCUUACAGCACUCAUAGUAAUAGUGGGUUCUUGAAAUUUUGGAGUGUGGCUUUUCUGAUUAAUUUGGAAUUUUGAUUAAUGUGGAUAUAGGACUUGUAAAAGAAAUUGGAUUUAGCUCAGUGAAUCAUCUGCCUCCAACUCUAUUUGAUGUCUUGGUAACAGAUGUUAUUUAAAUAUGAACCCAUUGAAAACAAUGGAGUUUGCCGAGCAUUAUAACUUCUUUGAUAACUGUCAAUCUUAUGUUUUGCCUUCUUUGCUUUCUAGUCUCUAUCUCUUCUUAUUCAUAAAUGGUGCUUUUCCCAGGGCCAGUCUUUUUACUUUGCAGUAAAUAGGUUUUCUUGCCCAGGACAAGCCAAAGUUAGAUAUGAGUACUUUGAAACAUCUGACCUAGUUACAUUCUAAAGGAUGUAAUUAUUGAUAAGAACAGUGAUAUCAGAACCUGGAAGAUAUCUGUACAGGCUAUCCAGUUUUGUUGUGUAAACAGAUUAUCUUUUCCCUCAACUGUGUGAGGAACAGCAAUGACUUAGAUGGUAAAUAUAUGAAGUAUCCAUUAACUUCACAGAGCAUACAUAUAUUCAUAAAUCUCUUAUGUCACAUCUUCCCCAUUCUCUAUGUAACAAAUACCUCCCAUCUUAACACAGUUAAGAAAGACCUACUAGCUCCAAUGGGAAGCUUUAAACAACAAAGCUAAGUUAUAAAAGGUAGAGCAGUAAAUGAGGAAAAACAAACACAACUUUUCUAAUGCUUGCUUCUCUUCUGUCUGCUUAACAAGUCCUGCUGAGGAGGCUCUCAGAGAGAAAUGUGUGUAGUACCUCAAGGCCAACAGCACCUUAGAAUCCUAAUUAAUCCAUAAUGCCAAAUGUCAAGGUAUCUCAUGGGAAAAUGUUUCCUAUUCCACGAAAUCACUUAAGUAAUAGGUAGCAUACAGGGGGAUCUGUGCCAGUAAGUAAUAUUGAGUGCUUUUGGGCACCUGACAAAGUGCUUGGAAUUUGCAUAACAGUUGAUUUUAGACAUAGUUUAGGUGGGGCUUCCUAUACUUGAGAGUCCUAAACCAACUUGGUUGGAGUAUAGAUGUAUGCCUUUUAAAAGCCUGCACUUUUCACUAGAGAUAAAAGAUCAAAAAGGAGAAUGAACUGCGCUAAGUGCUUUAGUGAUGUAAUUGUAGUUAAUCCUCAGAAUAAUCCUAUGAGGUAAUAAAAGUAGAACUAGAAACAGCUGACUCUGUGAGGUUUAUUACUCUGUGCUCGGUACAGUUCUGUCUGCUUCACACUUAUUAACUCAUCUACCAGUAGGACAGUCCCAGUCCGGUAGGUACUGUUAGAAUCCUCAUUUUAGAGAGGGAGAAACUGAGACACAGAGGUGGACCCAGGCAGUCUAACACUCGUAAUAGACAUUGUUGCCUUUAUAAGUAGGUGUGAUUAUACCACAUUUUACAGAUGAGAAAAUUGAUACCCCAAGGUUACACAGGUAAAUUGCAGAGCCAGAGUUACCAGUUGAUUCCAAAGUCAGGACCAUCUCCAUGAAACGUAUUGACUCUGUUUAUUUCUAAUGUGAACUAGAAUAUACAAUAGCCAGUAACUACUGAACUUUGAACUCAAGAAUGAGUGAUUGGAAGAUUUCUUCAAAAGAGAAUGCAGUUGAUCUCUGAGCAGAUGAUGAAUGGUGAAUAUUUUUGAGGAUACUGCCCAUGGAUUUAGAGUCACCCAUUUGGUAGGUCUAACUGAGUGAGUGAAUGAGUUACUACCAAGGCAGAAGUUGAAAGACAGCAUUCUUGUUACCUACCGCUGCAUAACAAACUACCCUCAACUUGAGUGACUUAAAACAGCUACUAUGUAUGUAUAUCUCUUCCAUGCUGUUGUAAAUCAGGAAUGGAGGAACGGCUCAUCUAGGCAAUUUUCUUGCUCCCUGUACUGAUGACUUAGGUCACCUCAUAGUUCAGGAGGGGGUUGGACUGGUCUGGAGUGUCCAUGAUGCUCUCUCCCUCACGUGCCUGACCCCUUGGCAGGGAGGGCUGGAACGUGGCUCAGCAGGCCUCCUCCCCUUCUCUGGAUAGUCAGGGACUCAGUUGUGGUCUCUCCAGCAGGUUAGUCAAACGUAAUUAGUUAAGUGGAAGCUCAGGCCUCCUACAGUUUUGGCAGAAGGUGCCAGUCCUCUUAAGGCCAGGCCCAGGGCUAUCUUAGAGUCACCGUCAUACACUAUUGGUUAAAGAAGUCACCAGUCAGCCCAGAUUCAAAGUGAGGAAAGGCGUUGGAAGGCAUGUCAAGGAUUUGGGGCCAUCUUCAGUCUGUUAGAGGCUUUUUUGUCUUGACACUUCUGUGUUCAUUCGUGUAGGUCAGUUGUUGAUGCCAAAGAAACCAUUUCUUAACAUCUCCUGAGGGUCAGUAAAGGAGCUAAAAGGAGCAUGAGACUAAUAACCGGGGACAGGUUUCAUUACAAUCUGCCCCCUGAGUUUCAUUUAUCUUUUAGCAAAAUUUCCAUUUUUUCUUUUGUUCCAAGUUGUGAGCAUUUGCUAGUUUUUUUCUGUGAAGCCACAGUAACUGUACAUGCUGAGCCAGAAGUAGUCUAGAGGGAGUAAAAAGCUUACUGUUGCAGAAUUUAACUUAUUAGAGAUGUCAGCUCUUCAAGUUUACAAAUAGGUGAAAACUCCUGUGGUAUGGAAAAUCUAUAUGGCCACUAAUCUCCUCCAACAGGAGUUUCUGUUGAGUGGCUAAACAUUAUAUUCCUGAGAUAAUUGAAAGUUUUACUCACAUCCUAGACCCAUCUUUACUGCCGCCACACCAUCUCUGGUGCAGUUUUGAGCUAGAAGGUGAAUAGGUUAGGUUUAUCCCAUUUUUAUUUCCUUUCAUAUGGGAAAAUCCAUUGCCCAAUUUUAUAUGUUGCUAAUCCUUUAAAAUUCACAGCUGCUACCAGCCUCUUCUCUAAAAUAACAGAUCAAUGGAUUUUUAUGAUUUUGGGGUAGAUUUGUCAGAUUUAGGAUGCUUCAUUUAAACUCCUGCUCAUUUAUAAUAGACUUCUGCCUUCAGAAGAAAUAUUGGCAGAGAAUAAAUUCUGUAAAAAUGAUUAUCCCCAAAUCAACACUUUCACAGAGAAGAAAGGUUUGUGAUUAUCCAUCUGUCCCUUGGGCACUGUGGAUCUUGGAGAAUUAGCGGUGAGGGCUUCUCGCUGGCCCUACCCAGUUAUCAUAUAGUAAAGAGAUCUCCUUCCCAGGAUCAGGCCUUAAUAAUUGCAAAUACUGGAAAUAAAAGGGGUACUUGGGACUGAACACUUAAUUAGGGCUCUACAUAAUGCUUGGAAGGGAAAAAGAAGGCUUCGGGAUUUGCAGUUGGAUAACCAUGGAUGGAAUAUUUGAGACAUUUAGGCAUCAAGAUUAGAUUUUAUCUUGUGAAAAUUAGGGCAAAUUUUAAUGAAUAAAAAUAAAUGAACCUUAACAUUUUCUUUUUGAUCCACAUUUCCAUUUUGGUGUACCUCAAACUCUGUUCUUUGUGACAAGAGAAAGCCUUUGAAAAUGAAAAUACAUUCCCAGGGAAUGAAAACUUUGAUGACAAUCUAUGGCAAUGUCUCUCAUUCUGUAUUUUAUAGCUCUUUGGGCCUUUCUCUAGAUUCUCUGUUCCUCUUAAGUUUGAAAUCAUCUGAUGCUUGCAUGAAAAUCAGGUACUGUGGUCUUGAAUUGCAAAAGUGAACAAAGUCGGAAGAAAGGGCACCUGUAAGUUGACAAAAUAUUCUUUUCAGCACCACAACUCUAAAUUAUUUCAAGCCAAUUACAACAAUGUACGUACGUGACUUAAAAAUUCCUUAAGGUUUAGAUUUCUGGUUGAGCUACAUCCUAAAGCAGAUGUUUAAGACAUGUUUGAAGCUGAUCUGCUGAGUUUCCAGUAAAGUAAUAGACUCUUAACUAUAAAGGUGCUUUAAGAGCCGCUGCAAAAAACGGAAUUACCACACAUGGAACAAAGCUUGAAAGGUGUUUCCUCUGGAGGCCAAGAUGCUAAAAUGGGUCACUAAGGAGUGUGACUGAAAUCCACCUCUAGAAUGGCUAUCAGAUAGCAGAGAGAUUUAGAAUUUAUGGUAUUUCUAAUAUUUUUACAAAAAUGGUUUUAAAUCAUGUAACUUGAAUAUUAAAAAAUGAGUCUGUUUUCUUUUUGGAAAGCUGACCCAAUAAAAAUAACACUAAUAUAAUUCAAUUGUAUAUGCAUGUGCAUUGAACACAGAGUGGUAUACUAAAGAUAGUUCAUGCAAAUAACUUCUGUGGGAAGGUUAGCUAUUUUCUUAAUAUCUUUUUUCAUAAAUCUAUGCUUAUAAAUAUAUUUACUCAUCUACUAUGACCUUGGUAGCAUUAGAAGCAUUUUGUUAGCUAUAUCAUUGAUUCUAAAAAAUCAAACACUUGGCAUAGUAGGCUAUGAGAGCUUUUUGUGGCUUUGUUUGUAUUUUGGCGAAGAAGAUUAUUUCUUGCACUUUCUAUUUAUAAGGAUGUUAUAACACAUUGCACCCACUUAGUGCAGCUGUUCUUCAGAGAGAAAACUGUAGGUGUUAGUGAAAUACAUGUUUAAAAGCUUGGCUAGUGGAGGAACCUCAGAAAACAAACUUCGCUUGUGUCUAUCUGAGAAGAGCCUGGAGUUUAACUAAAAUUUAAGUUGAAAGUAGCUGUUGGGAGAGGCAUGCCCUUGCUGCAGAUGGUAGUGUCGUGAGUUGCCAGCUGUGUGUAUGUGAUUUUAUGUAUUUAUGUGAGAAAAAGGUGUCGGAUGAAGGCAAAUAAAUCAAUGUAGAAUAGUCUACCUCCCAUUAAAGACUGAAUAUAUUCCAAGAUUGCCCUGUAGCCCUAUAAGCCGGAGGCUGGAUUCCUGAGCCACUGUCCACCCCCAUUCUCUUUUGUACUUGCUUCAGCUCCUCUACCUCUGAGCACUUGGCUGUAGCAAGCAAAUGAAAGCCAGACCCCCAAAAUACAGAGGCUGCAGUGUCUUGGUUCUUCUGGUCAUGUUCAGAUGUUAAAGUUCAGUUUUGUUGCCCAAAUUAAACAAUUUCAGAACCCUUAAGUUUAGUUCUUUUAUUCACUGGCUUCUAUUUGGCAAGAGUAGCCAGUGGAAGUGGAGUCUUUCUGUUCUUUUUAAAGAUGUACCCAGCUCCUUUUAAUGAUGUGAAAAAUAUGUUUGAAUCCUGAGGGGUUUUUCAAAUGCCAUUUUGCAGUCCAUUUUUGGGGGACGGAAUAUUAACCAUAUUUUCCAGAUAACAAGCCGUCUGCAGAUACCUUGACACGGAGGUAUAUGUGACAUGGAUUUUUGGAUGACCUGCUUUGUUUUUAUUCGCUCCAAAUAGAGGUAUUCCAGUUUUUAAUGCCAAUACUGUUAACAGUAGUGAAGGUGGCCUUGCUUGAAUGUUGUGAAUGUGAGGAAAUUCAAUUUCAGUAAUAAAAUGCCACUAGGCAGAUCACCUAAUCUUUGAAUCCAGGUGUGAAACUCAACUGAUUUGCUAUUUGGGGCACUAAUACCCUAAGUCAGGUUACCUACCUUUUGAACAUCUGUUAAGCUGAGGCAGGACUAUUAGUCUUUUAAUAGAUACCCUGGAAUGCUUUCUACCUCUUCAUCCUAAUGCACUGGCUGGUGGUAAUGUCUAAAUGGGGAUUCUCCGGUUAGGAGUGAAAAUGAGAGAGUGAUCCAUUUUCAGGUUUUUCAAGGUUGGCAUCUGUUUUUUAAGUUCUAGCUGGUAACUACUUUUCUGGUGACUGGGUAGGGCAAGCUACAGAGUGUGAAAUUCCAAGAAUUGAGAUAAGCAUUACUCAGAGAUCACAGCUGAUAGCGUCACCUCUGUCUGAAUGCAGUAUGAAAACCGUAGGGAGGUGAGGCGGUGAAAUCACGGGAAUCUGUUCACCACAGCUAUUGUUUUUUCUAACUUUAGAGUAAUUGUCAGCCUAUAAGCCAUGCUAAUAUACUAGACUCAGGAAUUAACUCCUGCUUGGCAAAAUUCUAAUUUAUCUUCUUUUUGUGUUCACAGCCUCAUCCGAGGCCUGUCCCCAGCUGUUUUGCUGUUACAAACUUUAGGUGCAGUCUUACCUAAAUUGGUAACUGUUGGCAUUGUGGCCUAGUACAGCCAAAGCGAUUUAUUUAAAAACAAAAAAGUGAGAAAUGCCUAGGUAAUUUCUUGGAAGCAUAUUAAAUCUAUGAAUCAUGGUGGGAGCAUGGAGUUUUACCUUUCUUCACGCCGGCUUGGGUGAACACGCCUUAAUGCUUUCUGUUACGGAGCUAGUUAAUCUAGGCCACUGGUUCUUCAUCUUGCUGCACAUUAGAAUCACCUGGGGUAUUUAAAAAAUAAUUGAUGCCUGGGGUUCCCUCUGGAUAAUUGCCAUCUACUCAGUUAGCUAUGCACCCUGGGCUUCGUAAGCAACCUGAAUGAUUCUGAUGGGCAGCCACGGUUAGGAAACACUCUCUAGGCAUCCCCAGUGGUCUUUGGCAGGAUAACUGCAGUCUGGUUUUCUUUUUGUCACAGGUACCUUUAUUGAUUCCCAGGCAUGGCUCUGAGUUUAAAGCUUACAGUGGGCCAAGGCUCUGGUGGUAAAAAGAUCAUCCGUUUUUCCCCAGAGCAGUUCUGGAGAGAGCUGUCGCCCUCCAUCCAGGCUUCUCUCUAUACCAGAUACAAAGUAGACAUAAGUAAGCAAAACAUAUUUUCAAAGUCUGGUCUCUAGAGUCUUCUUUUCUUUGCAUAUGUGAUUUGAGUGGAGGUUUCUCCACUCUGCUGGCUAAAACAGAGCACUUGAACUUAUUUGAAGAGCCACGCCAAGCCACCUAGGGUGAUUUCUAUUUGUAAAAUAAACAGUAGCUUUGUAACAGUUAAUGGAGAAAAAGACCCUCCCUGGGUGAUAGUGACACACAGGAUUUUAUGUGUCUCUUAGCCUGUCUUCUAAGUGAGAUUCAGUGUAAAUUGACUCUCACUUUUUCCUUAUUUCUUUGUGAAUGAAAUGCACUAGUAAGACUUAAAUGUUUUUGAAUUUUACACAAAAUGUGAAUUGAGUCAUUUUAGCAUCUGUUUUCCAGGAUGUCAAAGACCUAUCCCAAUCAUUCCCAGAUGAGGUUCCCUAUCUUGUGUUCUUCCCAUGCUAGGUAGUAAAGCUACCUGCCUGUGGCAGCCUCACAUCGUCAUGGGGUGGGGAGAAUGGUUUGAUCACCCUCGAAAAGUGAGAACCACUGUUCAAACUGACUGACUACCCAGUGAUUUCUAAUUCAUCAGACAUUUGUAUUUAAGAGCAAUGUCAGAUACAGCUGUGUCUCUUCUGAGAGAAUUCUGGGCACCACAGAAAUUUUCACUCAUAAAUUGCCUGCAAGUAAUUGAUAAUUUAAAUUUCAACUAUGUGAUGUGUUCAAGAAAGAAAGAUUGGUUAGUGCAGAGGACUGAAUUAGAAUCAGGCUCUGAAAUGUCAUCAAGAUUACAUUAAGGCCCAGCUAUUUGGUUAGCACGUAUAUACUGCAGUGUCACUUAGAGAAGAUGCCUCCUAUGCCUUAGACUUGUGAAGGUUCCCUGGUACUGGGUGGGAUAGAAAAGCAAUAGCCUUUGGAAUGUGUGUGCAUCCAGAGAGUAGCUCCUUGGGGUUUCAUCCUGAGGGACAUUGUGGAGUACUGUGAAACAUUGUUGAACUUUAUGCAAAUCAUACCGCACUGGAUUUUAAGAUUUUUGUGGGGAGAGAAGAGGAAGAUGAAAAAGUAAUGGUAAAAAAUAUAGAGACUUGUACUAUAUUUUAAGCAAGGAAUUAAACAUUCCUUAUCAGGGUUCUCUAUCAGGACUGUGAAGUUAUGUCAAGUUCUGCCCUGCUGGACUGGCUCACUGAUUCCUCUUAAACCUCUAAGAAAUCCUUUCUGAAACAGCAGAACAAAUGCUAUUCUGACUGUGGUUUCACUGACCCACUUCCCUACUCUCAACAAAAGGAAAACAUUCCCAAACUAUAGGCAAAAGAAAUGUGUUCUUAGUCCAUUAACUUUUCAUCUGCUGUGGUCUGUUCACAGUUUUAACCCAUCACAUUAUUUUGUGACCUAAGGACAGAAUUUAAAUAGAUCUCCCAGUUCAAGUCAGGACCCAGUGGCUUCCCCUUUAAAAGAACUUAAAAUUAGAACUCUUAAUAUUGGACACGCAUAAAGGGAGAAGCACAUUGGAAAACCAUGUGGGUUUCCUGGCUCCUCAUAAUUUCACAGUGGUACUCACUCACACUCUGCCUGAGAAGAGAAGUAGGCUGAGGGCUCAGAGAUAGAAAAGUCGAUGUAGCCGAAAUGUGGUUUCCUUCAGCUGGACACAGUCUGAAAGAAAUUUAUCCCAACUCUUCUCUAUGGUGCUUAUGGUGGGUGACAACUGUCCCCCAUCUCCCUGUCCCUGGCACUGUGCCUUCCCACUGGUCACUGUGAAAAGCAAAUCACACUGGACUCAGAGGCCAGAAUCCAGGACAAUUUUCCCUUCUCACCUUGAGCCCAUCACUUCUUCAUACAGCUAAUAAUGUAGCAUUUUAUUUCUCUAGAAAACUCUUGGGUUUGUCCCCCAAGAAGUAGUAAAGCAUUUAAAAUAAAGGAAAAUAGUCAGAAAAUAAGAUUCUGGUUUUAGCUAUCAAAUAAAGAGGUUGUAGGAAAACUUUACUUCCCCUCAGCUGAUACUGAUAGCAUGGAUCAACUCUGCCCACCUUCUGACUUUUUAAAGGCUGCCAUCAUGUCUGUAAGUAACAAGCUUAUCUAACAUUUCUUCACAACUUGCGAAUCAAGAAUUCAUAUAAAACAGACAAUCAGUUUCUAAAAUGUUAUCCCUGAAAGGGAAUGAGGUAGAGUUUUUAACUGUAGGAACCUACCAAUCUGUUUUUUCCCUUUGAAAAAAGGAACAUGUGAGGUUUGUGUCUUUAAUCUGAAGUGAUACUCCGUUAAAGAUGCCUCGGAAGAGUCAGCACCAGGCCGGCGUGCUCACGCCUCGGAGGGCGCUUGGCUGGGCUUGUAAGUCUGACUUCCUUAGAGUCUAUCUGCUUGUAUUAUGACCUUAAUUAUAAAUACCUAUAUAUAGGAAUAGGAUUUUCUGCCCCCCAACCCUCUUAAUAAUUAUCACUUAAGUGUAAACCACACCUCCCCUUACUCCCUUUUACUGAAAAAAAUGCACUUUAAUACCUAAGGAGAGUGGCUAUUCCUGGCCCUGAAGCCAGAUUACUUCAGGAAGAGAGCUGAGGAGGGAGUACUCUUGCCAGACCCCAUGAAAUUAUCCAGAUUCCUUAAUGUAAACACACCAAUGAUACCCAUUUUGAAUCUGUGCCCAUCCCACCACCAAAGGGAAAAAGAUCCAAAAGGGAAAAGUUCAAAAUGCAUAUCCUGAUUUUUGAAAUUUCACUGGGGAAGAUACUCAGUUAUUGUCUCAGCUGCCAAAUUGCCAGAAACUUCUGGGGUCUUUUGUGGAAGGCUGAGUUUUUGUUUUUUUUUUAAUUAGAAAGUCAAGUGAAAACACAAAAGCUGUAAGAUAAGACCCUGAUGGUGUCAUAUCCAUGUAUCAGAUUUGCUCUCUCCCUUAAUUUGACAGGCUUUCUCAGUCUCUCCUCCUGCAGAUUCUGACCUUCCCCCUGAUGACAAGCCAAUAGCUGUUGGUGGGAUUGCAUGUCUCCCAGAGCCCCAGGAGCCCUGUGGUGUCAGGGGAAGGGGAGGGUGCAAGGGGGGCGGAGACUGGGGUGGGGGGAGGAGACCAGGAGGGGUGAAGAUAAGGGUUUAAUAAACAUAUUUAAAGCAGUUUAGCAAAAGCUUUCUCGUUGAACAGCUUUAAGAACAAUGUGAAUAAAAUGUUAGCAACUUGGUUAGUAAUCUGAAAAGUCUAUUAAUGUAUACUUGAAAUUCUGUAUAAAAAUACAUUUUCCUCUUUAUUUUAACACUGUGUAAAAGAACAUUAUGCAUGUGAGUGGUCUGAGAACUAAAUGGUUUAAUACUC